GCACACACUCCGAUAUUAUGGUGACUGCUGCCUAAGCACUUCAUUCCAGCAAUUCAAGAGUCAAGAUCGCCCCCUUCCCCCUGCAAACGCGCGCUCGCCUCAUGGAGGUGGAAACUCCAGCGCAGCAGACAUGCAAGGACGCUGACGCCACGCGGCUCGGCCAGAGAGCCGGCACUAGGCCACUCCGCAACCCGCUCCUCGUCGUCAACUUCGUCCUCAUGGUCGUCGGCACCUCCGGCGGCCCGCUCUUCCUACGCGCCUACUUCCUUCACGGCGGCACCCGCAAGUGGCUCUCCAGCCUGCUCCAGACCGCCGGCUUCCCGCUCCUGCUCGUACCGCUCUACGUCUCGUUCUCCCGGCGCCGGCGCGGCGACAAGGCCACGGCUUUCUUCCUCAUGACGCCCCGCCUCCUGGCGGCGACCGUGGCCAUCGGCCUCAUGGUCGGCCUCGACGACCUCCUCUACGCCUACGGGCUCGCCUACCUGCCCGUGUCCACGUCCGCCAUCCUCAUCUCCACGCAGCUGGCCUUCACGGCCGCCUUCGCGCUGCUGCUCGUGCGGCAGCGGUUCACGGCCUUCUCCGUGAACGCCGUGGUGCUGCUCAGCGUCGGCGCGGCGAUUCUCGGGAUCAACUCUGGUGGGGACCGCCCCGUGGGGGAGUCGCGGGCGCAGUACGGAGCCGGGUUCGCCAUGACGCUGGGCGCCGCCGCGCUGUACGGAGUCGUGCUGCCCGUCAUGGAGCUCAGCCAGGCGCGGCACGCGGCGAGCGCCGGCGCCGCGGCCGUCAGCUACACUCUCGUCAUGGAGAUGCAGCUCGUCAUCGGGCUCGCCGCCACAGCAUUCAGCGCCGUCGGCAUGCUUGCGAACAAUGAUUUCCACGCAAUCCCGGGAGAGGCGCGGGAGUUCGGGCUCGGCCGGUCGGGCUACUACCUGCUGCUGUGCGGGUCGGCCGCCAUGUACCAGUGCUUCUUCCUCGGCACCAUCGGCGCCAUCUUCUACGGCUCGGCGCUGCUCGCCGGCGUCAUCAUGACCGUGCUCAUCCCGAUCACCGAGGUGCUCGCCGUCAUGCUCUUCCACGAGCCGUUCAGCAGAACCAAGGGCGUCGCCCUGGCGCUCUCGCUCUGGGGCUUCGUCUCCUACUUCUACGGCGAGGUCCAGACAUCCAAGGCGCGUCACCAGUCCGAUAAGCCCCCCAAUGGGGAGCAUUUAGAACCGUAGAUGAUCGCAUUCGGAUACGUCUAAACUGUGCGUUUCCUUGAUCUUUUUACCCAGUAUUUGAGGAAAUAAGUAGGCAACAUCAUAUCAUAUGAUACAACAUUAUAGAGGGAGUUUAUAUGUCUGAA